CGCCCGAAUACGCAGGCGCGUCUCCUCGAAUCCUGUCCUUAGCCCCCUCUUUUUUCUCUUCAUUUCGUUCCCCCUCCUCUUCCAGCACCUCCGCAGGUUCAAACUCUUCUACGUGAGAGUGGCGGCGAUCGCGAGGUCACGUGAUGAGCAUCCUGCUGCCCAACAUGGCGGAGUUCGACACCAUCUCGGAACUGGAGGAGGAGGAGGAAGAAGAAGCAGCAACGUCGUCGUCGUCGCCGUCGUCGUCGUCGUCGGUAUCUGGACCCGAUGAUGACGAGGAAGAUGAGGAGGAGGAGGAUGAGGAGGAAGAAGAAGACGGGGAAGAGGAGGAGGAAGAAGAGGAGGAGGAAGAGCCGCCUACACCUCGGGUAGUGAGCGAAGAGCAUCUGCGGAGAUAUGCCCCUGACCCUGUAUUGGUGCGAGGCGCCGGCCACAUCACUGUGUUUGGCUUGAGCAACAAGUUUGAUACUGAAUUUCCCUCAGUUCUAACAGGGAAGGUGGCCCCAGAAGAAUUUAAGACCAGCAUUGGCCGUGUGAAUGCAUGUUUGAAAAAGGCUCUCCCAGUCAAUGUGAAAUGGCUGCUGUGUGGUUGUCUCUGCUGCUGUUGUACACUGGGUUGCAGUCUGUGGCCUGUUAUUUGUCUCAACAAAAGAACUAGAAGAUCAAUUCAGAAGUUAUUAGAAUGGGAAAAUAACAGAUUAUACCACAAGCUUGCUUUGCACUGGAAGUUGACCAAAAGGAAAUGUGAAACUAGCAAUAUGAUGGAGUAUUGCAUGAUCAAAUCCAGUCCUGUGAAGUGAUUAUAGAUUUUCUGGAUUGCAUGUGAGUUAUAUCCAGGAAUGACUCCCCAGGAAGAAUUCAACCUAUAUACAGCUGUGCCAAAAUGAAAGAUACCUGCCUUUCUGAAAUUUUCACUGCUGCUUCUGUCAUUGUUCACUUGUCAGAUAAAAUUUUAUUCUCAGGAUGCAAAAUUAUAAUAAAGU